UCUUGGUCCAGGAGGGCGCGGGCCGCGCGCGUGAGUAAACAGCCGGAUCCGGGAAGUCGCUUCUGGCCGUGUACGGUGUUGCGGGGCAGAGGUGGAGAGGACGCGGUCGGGGUCUUCGCAGGGUGGCCGACAUGACGGCCCCGGGUCAGAGCCCCCUCGCACCGUUGUUGGAGACUUUAGAAGACCCUUCCGCUUCCCACGGGGAGCAGACCGACGCUUACCUGACUUUAACCAGUCGUAUGACUGGAGAAGAUGGAAAAGAAGUUAUUACAGAAAUUGAGAAAAAACUUCCUCGACUUUACAAAGUUAUAUCGACUCACAUUUCUAGUCAAGACUCAGAACUCAGUAGUGCUGCUCUACAGGCUUUGGGGUUUUGCUUAUAUAACCCCAAAAUAACCUCAGCAUUAUCAGAGACAAAUAUUGAAGAACUGCUUUCAAAAUUGAACAAUGUUGUUAAGAGUUCUGACAAAAAUGUACGUACUAGGGCGCUUUGGGUGAUAUCCAAGCAGACAUUUCCCACUGAAGCAGUUGGCAAAAUAGUUUCUAGCAUAAUUGAUUCACUAGAAGUAAUACUUAGUAGAGGAGAAAUGCAUUCUGCUGUUGUUGAUUAUGAAGCAUUGAAUGUCAUCAUAAGGCUAAUUGAACAAGCCCCAGUUCAAAUGGGAGAAGAAGCCAUUAGGUGGGCAAAACUGGUCAUACCUUUAGUGGUUCAUUCAGCCCAAAAGGUACACUUGCGAGGAGCAACUGCUCUGGAGAUGGGAAUGCCAUUGUUGCUUCAGAAACAACAAGAAGUAGCAUCUAUCACAGAGCAGCUUAUGACUACUAAAUUGCUUUCAGAACUCCAAAAGCUAUUUAUGAGUAAAAAUGAGACUUACGUGUUGAAGCUAUGGCCUUUAUUUGUCAAACUUCUUGGGAAGACUUUGCAUCGAAGUGGGAGUUUCAUUAAUUCUCUGUUACAGCUGGAAGAACUGGGAUUUCGUAGUGGAGCACCCAUGAUCAAAAAAAUCGCUUUUAUUGCUUGGAAGAGUUUGAUAGAUAAUUUUGCAUUAAAUCCAGAAAUACUGUGUAGUGCAAAAAGACUGAAGUUGUUAAUGCAGCCUUUGAGUUCCAUUCAUGUGAGAACAGAAGCUCUAGCACUAACAAAAUUAGAAGUCUGGUGGUAUUUAUUGAUGAGACUUGGACCUCACCUUCCUGCUAAUUUUGAACAGGUUUGUGUGCCUCUGAUUCAGAGCACAAUAAGCAUUGAUUCUAAUACUUCACUUCAGAGCACUUCACCUCGUGUAGCUACUUCUCCAGGUUUGAAUCCUGUUACUCCUGUACACAAAGGUGCUUCCCCAUAUGGAUCACCAGGAACUCCCCGGAUGAACCCGAGUUCAAAUUUUGGUGGAAUGGCCACAAUUCCCUCUAUUCAACUUUUGGGACUUGAAAUGUUACUUCAUUUUUUAUUGGGUCCAGAAGUCUUGAGCUUUGCUAAGCAAAACAAACUCGUACUGAGCUUAGAGCCACUUGAACAUCCAUUAAUCAGCAGCUCAUCUUUUUUUUCUAAACAUGCAAGUACACUUAUCUCUGCUGUUCACGAUAGCUUUGUUGCAGUUGGAAAAGAUGCUUCUGAUGUAGUUGUCAGUGCUAUUUGGAAGAAGCUAAUUAGCUUGGUGAAGUCAGUUAUUGAAUCAGGUAACAAAAAAGAGAGACCAGGAUCUGAAGUUUUGACCCUAUUAUUAAAAUCUUUGGAAAGUAUAGUCAAAUCAGAAGUAUUUCCUUUAUUGAAAACACUGGUUCUUAUGGAAAUUACAAUUAAAGGACUUCCUGAGAAAGUUUUAGGUUCACCAGCAUAUCAGGUUGCUAAUAUGGAUAUUCUUAAUGGAACUCCUGCAUUGUUCUUAAUUCAAUUAAUUUUCAACAAUAAUCUCUUGGAAUGUGGUAUAGAAGAUCAAAGAUUUUUUUUCAAUCUUGAAGUACUUGUAGGCUGUGUUCUUUCUGGCCCAACUUCACCACUAGCUUUCAGUGACUCUGUUUUAAAUGUUAUUAAUCAAAAUGCAAAACAGUUGGAAAACAAGGAGCAUCUCUGGAGAAUGUGGAGUAUUAUAGUCACCCCAUUAACUGAAUUAAUUAAUCAGACCAAUGAAGUGAAUCAAGGUGAUGCCUUAGAACAUAAUUUUAGUGCCAUCUACGGUGCAUUGACUUUACCAAUAAAUCAUAUUUUUUCAGUACAGAAAUUUCCAGUGGCCACCAUGAAGACAUUACUUAGAAGUUGGUCAGAAUUGUAUAGAGCAUUUGCCCGAUGUGCAGCUUUGGUGGCAACAGCAGAAGAGAAUUUAUGUUGUGAGGAGCUUUCUUCCAAGAUAUUGUCCAGUUUGGAAGCUGAAGACCUUGUAAACUUGUUGUUCUUGGAGAGGAUCAUUCAUAUUAUUACUAUAAUGGUUGAUUGCAUCGACUUCUCCCCAUAUAAUGUUAAAUAUCAGCCCAAAGUUAAAUCACCUCAGAGACCUUCAGACUGGUCCAAAAAGAAGAAGGAGCCCCUGGGGAAAUUGACUUCAUUAUUUAAACUUAUUGUGAGAGUGGUCUCUUCUUUCCACACUCUGAGCCUGAAGGAAAUACAUUCUGAUACUCUCGUCACUAUUGGCCAAUCGAUCACCAGCAUUCUUUCCAUUGUACUUGGACGUAUUUCUUUGCCUUCUAUGAUCCGAAAGAUAUUUGCAACUCUAACAAGACCUCUGGCAUUAUUUUAUGAAAACUUAAAGCUUGAAGAAGUUCCUAAAGUGUAUAGUUGUAUGAACAACAAGUUAGAAAAGCUACUGGGAGAAAUUAUUGCUUGUCUACACUUCAGCUAUACAGGAACUUAUGACAGUGAACUUCUUGAACAUAUCUCCCCAUUAUUAUGCAUAGUAUUUUUGCACAAGAAUAAGCAGAUUCGAAAACAAAGUGCUCAAUUCUGGAAUGCCACGUUUGCUAAAGAGACGAUGUUGAUUUAUCCUGAAGAGUUAAAACCAAUACUAAGACAAGUCAAACAAAAAUUUGUCCUUUUGCUACCUGGUUUGGAAAAUGUUGAAAUUAUGGAAGAAUCCAGUGGACCCUAUUCAGAUGCAACAGAAAAUUCACAGUUAAAUAUCAAGAUAAGUGGCAUGGAAAGAAAAUCAAGUGGAAAAAGAGAGUCUCUUUUGGCACAAACAAAGGAUAUAAAAGAAAGCAAGAAACUAUCAUCAGCCAAGUUGAAACUGGAAUCUGCAUCUCCAAUAACAAAGAAUGAAAUGCCUCUGGAAGAAGAAAAGUCUACAGACUUUGUGUUUAUACCACCAGAAGAAAAAGAUGCAAAGGAGAGAAUACUAACUGACCAUCAGAAAGAAGUACUCAAGACAAAAAGGUGUGAUAUUCCUGCCAUGUAUAAUAAUCUGGAUGUUUCUCAAGAUACUUUAUUUUCUCAGUAUACUCAGGAAGAGUCAGUGGAAAGUCCUUCUUCAACUGAAAAAUCAAAGGAAGAUUCCAAGAUGAUCUUUAAGGAUGAACAAAUGGAGAGUGACAAUGUCAUUCCUCAAGAUGUCACAGAAAACUGCGGUAUGGAUGAACAUCUUGAAAAGGCUUCCCUUUCAAAUAAUGAGUAUGGUUCUAUUGAGGAAACCAAUCCAGAAAUCACGAGCGAUAAUAAUACCAGAAAAAAAGCUUUAAUUCCAUCAAAGAAAGCAUCAACUGAAUGUACAUCUAGUGCAGAAAACACUUCUUGUGUCAGCAGUAGCUCAGUUUCUAAUGCCACCAUCUCGGGAAAUCAUCCCCCACAGCCUACAAGUCGAAGGCAAACCUUUAUUACUUUGGAGAAGUUUGAUGGUUCAGAAAAUAGACCUUUUAGUCCAUCCCCCUUAAAUAAUAUGUCAUCAGCUAUUGCAGUGAAAAAUAACCAGGAAGUCACAGCUAAAUCAGAUAUUCCACCAAAAGCCAAGAAAAGAGAAGUGGCUCUUUCAAAAUCUGAUUCUGAUAGAGUAGUGCAUGGAAUUAAGAGGUCAGGUAGGAGAGCAAGUAAAACUGAACAAAUCUGGAAUAAAAGGUCUAAGUCCUUAAUGAGAUCUGAUGAGGAGCAAAAUACUCAGGAAUCUGUUGAUGGUGUGGUGGCCUUAGAAAAUAACCCACCUGACUUAAUUAAUCAAGCAGAAUGUGUGUUAGAUAAUCAGGCUUAUUUCUCUGAAUCUACAGUGGAAUAUGAUGAUACAAUGCUUAAACCAACAAUGGAAAGUGCUGUAUUAUUACAGAACAAUAGUGUAGAAGAGAAAAGCUUAGGAAUUAAUUUGGAAUCCAAAGAAAAUACACCACCGACUAUACAACCAGCAGAUCAAAUAGUAAAUGAGGACAGUCAUAUUCAAAUAACUCCAAAUCAGAAAACCCUUAGACGAUCUUUAAGGCGACGUUCAGAAAUAGCAGAACCUACCACUGAUAGUCAAGAUAAAGAAAAUCAUCAAAAAAAGGAAAGACGUAAGGAAGAUGAAAAGACAAUUCAGAAGAGUCCAUUGCACAUAAAAGAUGAUGUGUUACCUAAACAAAAACUGGUUUCUGAGCAAAUGGUACAGGAAAAUUUAAUUGAGAAAGGAAAUAAUUUACAUGAGAAGACUUUGGGGGAAUCCAGCACUAAUUUUGAAACUGAAGAAAAUGGAAGAAAUCCAGACCAUGAGAAUAUUAAAUCUGAAGGAGAUGGUGUCCAGGACAUUGCAGAUAAAUCCUCUGAGAAGCCAGUAAGGGGAAGAACACGGUAUCAAACAAGAAGAGCUUCCCAGGGCUUACUUUCCAGCAUUGAAAACUCAGAAUCUGAUAGUUCUGAGGCAAAAGAAGAAGGUUCUAGAAAGAAGAGAUCUGGAAAAUGGAAAAACAAAAGCAGUGACAGUGUUGACAUUGAAGAUCAAGAGAAAAUGGUAAAACAGGAAUGUGUAAAAGUGGAAAAUCAGAUAAAUGAUUAUAAGUCAUAUUCUGAAUUAGACACAGACAUAAGUUCUCCAGUUUGUGAAGAAAAAGAAAGUAGUACUGUAACUCUUAAUGAUAUAACAGUACCUGCAGAUUUAUUGCAAGUUUCUGAUAAUAUAUCAAAUACACAUGAGGGAAAAAAUAAACCUAACAAAUGUACAGAAAAUUCUCCUUCAAAUCCUACUGUAUCUGAAUCAAAUCUAAGAACUAGAAAUGCCAAUAAGAGGUUACAUAAGCGAGAUUCUGUAGAAAGUAACAGUAUAGGAGAAUCUUCCAAAAUAGGAUCAGCAGACGUUUCUUUACUUUCUGAAAAAACCCUCCAAGGACUUGAGUGCCACCACAAGAGAAGUAAGAGGGUGAGGAGAUCCAAAGGUUGUGAUUGCUGUGGAGAAAAGUCACAACCUCAGGAAAAGUCAUUCAUUGGAUUAAAGAACACUGAAAAUUAUGAUGUAACAAGCAAUGAAACAAAAAAGACAGAUGUGCAAACACCUGUAACUGUAUCAGAAACUUUUAAAGUUGAUCUGUACUCUGAGGUAAAUCUUACAGAUGAGCCUCAUAAUGUGAAUUUUCAUUUGGGCCUCAAGGAGGAGAAUGAUACUAUAAAUGAUUCGUUAAUUUUAUCUGAAGCUGAGUUGAAAGAAAGAACUAUUGAAGACUCUCUUCCUUCAGUAAAUUGUAAAGAAGAAUCUUUUGAUAAGAAAUCUGAGGAAGUGAUACCUUCUGAAAUCCAAGAGCCAUCCAAUAAAAUAUGUAAAACUGUUGGCUUAUAUUUAGAUAAUUCCAAAGAUAUUUCACUAGGAUGUUCUGCUUUGGAGACCAAUGAAGAAAAGACAGAAGCUAUCUUGGAAAAAGAAAUAAACACAGAGACUAUUAAUGGUGAAACAGAUACAUGUGAAAUUAAAACUGGAGUCAAUCCAGAAGAAGUAGAAGCCAUGGAAUUGGGUAUAGAAAAUGAUAACUCUGAACCUAAUUUCUCUCAACAAAGGAAUGCCAAAACUGAUUUAACUGAAGAGGCAAUAAAUGAAAAUAGUGACAUAAGCAGUGAAUCUAAAGCAGAUGUCGUUAAAGAACUGAAUGCUGAAGAAGCAGCAGCUGAGAAAUUUAAUUCAAGUAGAAGUCAUUCUCAAAAUAAUACACCUAUAAAAAUGAGUACUCAGAUAGAAAUUUCUGAACAAAUGGCAACUGGGGGACAAGAUGGAAAAAGUGAUGAAUCUGAUCCCAGCUCACCUAAAGAAAUAAAUGUUGAAGUGGAAAAUAGUAAAGAAAUAGUAAUCGGUGAGAAGAAUGCUAAAAUGGGCCAUGUCAGUGAAACAGAGAGUGGGGACUUGACUACUAAAGCCUCUAAGCCCGAAGAAGCUGAAACAAAAACAUUGAAUGUGGGAACUGAGAUCUUUGUUCCUGAAACACUUGAGAUAUGUACUAGAGAAGAAAAAAUUGACUCCAAUUUAACUGAAACAAACACUGAACUUAAUCAACCUGAAGAAACAAAAUUUGAUGGCAAUCAAGUGGUAGUGGCAAGUGAUAAUGAAAUUUUACAGGAAGUUCACCAUGCUUCAGAGAAAGUGGAAGAAAUAUCACAGUCUUUGACAUCUGAAAUGGCUGUCUCUGAACUGAUAACAGAAGACAAUAGUGCGUCUCCUCAGAAAUUAAGGGAACUUGAUCCUUUACUUGUGUCAGCAUGUGACAGUCCUAGUGGCAUGGAGGCACGCUGUGUCUGGUCUCCUUUGGCUUCUCCUUCUACCAGCAUUUUAAAGAGAGGACUAAAAAGAUCCCAAGAAGAUGAGAUCUCAUCACCUGUUAACAAGGUUCGCCGUGUCUCCUUCGCAGAUCCAAUAUACCAAGCUGGAUUGGCAGAUGACAUUGAUAGGCGAUGCCCUCUUGUUAAAUCCUGUUCUUUAAAUAAUUCUCCCAUAGUAAGAAGUAUUAAAACUUCACCUACCGCGCAAUAUAAGCAUAAUACCACUUCAGCCAAAGGAUUUCUGUCCCCAGGAUCACGUAGCCCUAAAUUUAAGAGCUCAAAGAAGUGUUUAAUUACAGAAAUGACUAAAGAAUCCAUGUCAUGCCCAGCGGAAAGUGUUUACCCAGCCUUAGUGAACUGUGUGGCACCCGUUGACAUCAUUUUACCUCAGAUUACAUCAAACAUGUGGGCAAGAGGACUGGGACAACUCAUUAGAGCCAAGAAUAUAAAAACAAUUGGUGAUUUGAGUACUCUUACUGCAUCUGAAAUAAAAACUCUUCCUAUCCGUUCUCCGAAAGUGUCCAAUGUAAAAAAGGCUCUCAGAAUUUAUCAUGAACAGCAGAUGAAGUCUCGUGGACUUGAAGAGAUUCCAGUUUUUGAUAUUUCUGAAAAAUCAGUAAAUGGAAUAGAAAAUAAAUCUCUCUCUCCUGAAGAAGAAAGACUUGCCUCAGAUUUAGUUGAUCCUGUUGCUUUAGAAACUCCAUUAUCUAAAAAUCUUGUGGCACAAAUUAGUGCACUUUCGCUUCAACUGGAUUCAGAAGAUCUCCAUAAUUACUCAGGAAGCCAGCUGUUUGAAAUGCAUGAGAAACUUGGUAGCAUGGCAAACUCUAUAAUUAAAAAUCUGCAGUCACGCUGGAGGUCAACAGCCCAUGAAAAUUCUAUUUAGUAUUUUAAGAGAAAAUUGAAGUCUUAUUUAUUUAUUUUUUAACAUCACUGGAUUUGUUGAUUUCAUAAUAAGUUCUGAAAUAUAGCACAAUUUCAGGGACUGAAUGUUUUCAAAGUUGAUAACAUUUCAAACUCUGUAGGGCAGUUGACCAUUUUAUAAGUUCAGUUUUGUAAGUUCAUUAUGUAAGAUCUUUUUUUUCCCCCCAUAUAACAUACUUUCUUGACUGCUAUGCAUGGGUUUUCCAAAAAUUUAAAUGCUUCGCUGAAUUGUAACAGUAAAAACACAGAAACAAAAGCAUAAAUAUUCACACUGUUAAAACUCAUGCAUUUUAUGAUGAAACAUGUUACGUAAAAUAUCUUUAAGUAAAAUUGAGGGGUUUUUUUGAAUUUUUCCUGAAGGGAUUAAAGGUUUUGUAAUUUUUUUUUUUUUUAAUUAUAUUUGUUGUGCCUGAGGUUUAAGAAAUUUGUUCUUUGUGAAACACCUUAAAUGAGAUGCAAAAGAAUUGGCACUUUUUUUUUUUUUUUUUUUGCUAAUAUCACCUUUGCCCGUCUUUCAAGGAGAAAUAUUAAUAGUUUCAACUUUGGGGGGUUAAAAUAUUGAAGCUGAAUUUACUAAGACUCCAUUCAUUUGCAUUAGCAAAUAUCUGUGCAGCAGCAUUUGCUUGUAAAAAUUUACUCGUAUGAGAUUUAGUAUUCAUUUUAAAAUGCACACUAUUUGUACAUUGUGUAUAGAUUUACAUUUUUAAUUUAUAAAUUUCAGCCUUUGUUAAUUGAAUUAUUUUUGCAGCUUCUUGUGAAUACCUUUGUUUUGUCUAAUAGAAACAUAUUUUGUAUAUAUUGAGUACUGAGAUAAUCAGUAUGGACGGUAGAAGUGCUUUGUGGACUUGUUGCAGAUGUUUGUAGGAUUCUGUAUGUACAAAUAAAACAAUAGUUUUGUACUUAGUUAAUAAUCUUAGUUAAAACAUGAGUUUAUUUUCUGAAGUAACCAGAAUGAGUAAAAUUAUAGAGAAUGAGAAAGUGUUAAAUGACAACUUUGUUACCUUCCCCCCAACCCCCUAUUGGUUUGGAAGAGGGCAUCAGCCACAAUAAAGUGUGCCUCAUCACCUUUCCUUUUAAUGGGGAGCUAGUUUGAAUAUUUUCUCUACAAGUUGGAAUAUGAGAAAUCUAGAGUUUAUCUGAUCUUUUUUUUUACCCACACCUAAAGCAAAUUUGGAAGAAAUCUGAAACUGUUCUUUUGAUGUGUGUUUUGCCUAAUUUGAAAAAAUAGGGUGUAUGUAAUUAAAACAUUCAUAAAUCUUAUUACCAAUUAGUGUUAAUGCCUGACUUUAUAUAUUUACUUCCUCUUUUUUAACGGAGAACAUUUCCCAUUUGUUCUCUGAAGAGAGUAAGUUAAAGAACCUUCUUAGAGUCACACUUUAUUCAUACUAACCCCUUGAAAAGGCAAGGCACACAUUCUUUUGCUAGUCAUGAAAUUUUAAUUCCUGUGUUAAUUUAGCUGCUACACGGGACCACCAGCCAUCCACAAUAAAAGUUUGUGUCUUUUUCUUAAUCACAAUCCUUCAUUAUUACAAAUACUUUUGAGUGCUAAGUAUGAUAUUCAUAUACUGAGGAUGGUUUUAAAAAUUGGGACUGAACCCAGGAUUGUAGCUUAAAUAACUGAUAAAAAAAAGGAAUUUUAAAAAUAGAAUUGUGAUUUCUGUUUUCCAAAUUAUAUUUGACAGUUAAGAGACAAAAGUUUUUAGUGAACUAGUGUAAGGAGUGUGUUUGUGUUUAGAAGAGUCAAAAUUUGUUCAUUUCAUGACUACAUAUUUAAAGGUUUGUGUGAACUAAAUGUAUCUGCCAGUGGAAGGAGGUUCUGGGGAAUAUUAACAGUAUAGCAGAAAAUGUGACAAAUGAUUACAUGUUUUGAAUCACUAAAUUUGGUAUAAACACAGGCAUUCAAAAAUAGUUUUUCAGCAACGAUGUAAUUUUAAAUGUAUGGAGGUGAAAAGCAGUUUUCUCAAUCUUAAUUGCUAAAGUUGUAAGUUUAUUAACCUUACUGUCAGUAUUCUUGCCUUAAUAUUUUCUAGUGUUUUCUGAAUGAUUGCUGAAUAACAUAAAGCAUUAAUUUUCUUGAUCAUCAGUACCAGUAUUGUUUCACUAUUAAAGUGAAAUCAGUUUUUUUCAUAUAAUUCCUAAUGGCUAAUAAAACAAAUGGCAAAUGUUAACACAACAAAUUGAUUAAUGUAUGCAUUUAUAAAACUACUUGCAUGCAGAAGCAUACUGUAAUUGUUCACAUUCCAAAAAGAGUUUGAUAAUGAAUUUAGAUUUUCAGUAUUUCUGUGAGCCCAUUAUUAAAAAUGUGCUUAUUUUGAACAAGUUUGGAAGCCAGGAUCAAAAGGCAUGGCACUUUGGCUGAAAUUUCAUGUAGUUUAGAAUGAGGCAUUAUUAAAUACAAAUGCUGUCAGAUAAUAUGGUCAAACAUUUAAAUUUCAACAUUAAAAGCAUAGCAGCUCCUGGCAUUACUUAUGAAUUCUGUUAUUCUGUGUUGCUUAAAAGUACUCUGUUAUAUAUUUGAAAGUCAUAAAAAUGUCAAACAUAGCUUUUAAAAAUGACAGCAAGAAACAAGGGAAAAAAUGGGAAGGGUAUGUAGAAUAUGCAAGCAGGUUUUUAAAAAUAAAAGUAAUGAAAGUAAGUGAUAUUUUAGAAGCUGACUCAAUUGAAAUCUAAUAGAAAAUAGUCAAACACAGACACAUUUUUCCUUAAUGCCAUUUCUUCUAAUACUUUAUAGUUCACUAAAAAAGGCCCAUCUCACAUUGUUCAGAGUUGAUUUCCUGAGCUAGAACUUGUCAGCUAAGUUAGGAAAUCAUAAAAUAGCAAUAGAUUUAGUAGGGAUAGGGAGCUGUUUGCUCUUUGGCACAACCCCUAUCUAGUUUAUGUCUAAUCCACUACAGUUAUUUUGUGUUUUCUAUCCAAACAGGAUGAACUUUUCACUUUUAAGAUAGUGCCUUGCAAACUAACAUGUACAUGUAAAAAUGCAGAUUCUAAUCAGUAGGUCUGUGAUACAGGGCCUGAUAGUUCAUUUCUUAAAACUACAUGAUCUGUGCACAUACUGUCUCUGGACUCAACUGAAGAGGCUACAAGCUGUGAAUUAGGUUUUAAUAUUUAAGCCUUUGAUAUUAUACUGCCACAAAAGACAGAAGCUACUUUUUUGGGUUUUUUUUUUUAAGAUUUAUUUCAUUUAUACAAGAGCCGGGGUACAGGCCAGAUGCGCGGGAGAGUGAGAGGAUUCACCAAAGACAGUGGGGAACAGAACAGGCAGACUGAUGAAAUACACUGCUGAGGUGAGCAGUGGGCAAGACAGGAGAGGUCAGUUUGCCAUGUGGGUUGCUCCGAGGCCUGCGGGGAUCGAACCAGCGCUGCAGAGGCUGCGGACAGCUUCACAGUGCUGUGCUCAACUGCCUGCGCCACCACCGAGGCCCUUUUGUUGGUUUUUUUAGUAAGUUCAAAUUGAAUUGGGAGUACACAUUGAUUUUGAAGACUUCAAAUUAGUUUAAUUUUUUGAAAGAAGUUGUUAAAGGUAAAAUAUUGCCAUUUAGAGGCUUUUUAAAAAGUAUGGAAACAGGCAGAAAUAUAUCUUAUAGUUAAAGUAAUUAUUGGGCCUCCCCUGGUGGCACAGCGGUUUGAGCGCUGGGCUACGAAGCUGCCCACAGCCUCUGCAGCACCGGUUCGAUCCCAGGCAGCGGGCGAGGGUCCCACAUAGCGCGCAGACCUCUCCUGCUGCGUCUGUUGCUCCCCUCAGCAGUGUAUUUCGUCUGUCUGCCUGUUCUGUUCCCCACUCUGGCUCUGGUGAAUUCUCUCACCCUCCCAUGCUUCUGACUGUACCCAGUGCUUGUAUAAAUAAAUAAAUAAAUCUUUUAAAAAAUAUUUAAAGUAAUUAUUAAGCAGAUUAGACAGUCUUCUAAGUAUGGCUUAUGCUCUGAUUAUUUUUUUUAUAUUUUUUCCCACUGGAGAAACAUUAAGUCUAAAUCUGAUGUUUUAAGUUAUGGGACUUCAGUAUUAAUAAAUACUGAAAACCAAUUACCCCUAAUAAAAUUAAUUCACCAGUAAAGCCAGCAAUGCCAUUAAGUCUUUCCUGACCCAUGCCUUGUCAUUUUAUGGAAGAUGUCUUUGACUUGAAAUUCCCUAUUUCACUGUCAGUUGGAGUUUGAAAGACAGUUGAAUAACAGUUCUCUGCAAUUGAGUUUUUUUGGCAUUCUUUUGGAAUGUAAUUUCCCUUACUCAAUUUUUUUUUUUCCUUUUUUUGGUAAGAAUUGGCCUCAUCCAAAGCACUUAAGAAAAAUAUAAGCUGAAGUUGGUUUUGUUCUAAUUGACAUCAAAAUGUAUUGAUUGAAUCAGCUGUACAACAAAUCUGGGCUUUGUCUUUUCCUGUGACCUAAUUCAUGAUUUAUCUAUUUUAUGCGAGACCUUGUAUAUUGCCCUUAGAAGGUGUUAUAAUUAGAUUUACAGAUUUAUAGCUACUUAUAAUAGAGCUGUUCAUAGCUAUUUUAUAGCUAUUUAAUAGCCUAAGAAAAUUGCAAGAUUUUACUUAGUUCUUGCAAUAGAAUGUUAAAUUCUACAUUGUGAUUUUAACCAUUUUUUCCUUUAUAUACCAGUCCUUUCACCAAAGAACAAUGAAGAACAAACAUGAAGGGCCAAGCUAUCAACACUACCCCCAAAAAUGCCAUUAGAAUAAUAGUUACUCUCCCUUUUUCCAAGAGUAUAAAAUUGAAGGCAUUGUUUUUCAUUAUCACAUGGAAGAUAAAAUUUUGUUGUAUACCUGUAGCAGAGGAAACAUCUGUAUACAGGCCACAGGGUACCAGUAUAUGACUGGAUAAAACUAGACAGCAAGCUUACAUGCUAAUAUUGUUUUGCUCAUAAGUGAGGCUAUUUAGUAUCAGUCAUAUACUUUGAAGAUAGUUGACAGUGGUUCUUGAGGUUUCUAUAUAAAACUAACACAAUUGAUGUUCAUAAACACCUAGAAUAAUUAUUUAAAAUGCAUAUUUAAUGCUGUUCCUCCAGAAGUGCUAAAUUAAGAAAUUUAUAACAAAAAAUUAUUUUAAGUAGAAAUACUUUCACAAUAGUGUUAAUGUAAAAUCAAAUGUGUAACUGCUAUUUUGGUAGUUAAUAGUUGACUGAAUAAGGUGUCUAAAUUAUUUUUAUAGAAUGGGGAUUUUCUAAGAGAAAAAUGGAAUGAGUUGUAUAUAGACACUGAAGGGUGACAGUCUCACUAAGUUUUAUAUAGAGCAAGGGUAAACAAGCCACCAAAACAUGCCACCUGUUCUUUAUAUAUCCCAGAGCUAAGAAUGGUUUAUAUACUUUCUACAAGGUUGAAAAAAAUGAAGAGGGUAUUUUGUAAUGCAAAAAUACAUGAAAUUACAAUCUCAGUGUCUAUAAACCAGGUUUUACUGGGACAUUGUUAUAUGUAUUUAGGUAUUUGCUUUCUUGAUACAGCAGCAGAGUUGGAUAGUUUCAGACUGGCUUGUGAUACCAACUGUAUUUACUAUCUGAUCUUUUACAGAAAGUUUGUUGUGUAUCCCUGUUAUAAAGAACAGUUCAUAUAUGGCAUAUAUUUACUUGGCUUACUUGCUUCUAACUGGUAGAAUGAGGCUCUCAAUUCCUUAGUUUCUUUUACUGUUGUCUAGAUCUUCCUAAUAAUACACGUUGCCCUGAUGGUAUAUCUUACUACUGUUCAAGUAUGCAUAUGUUUCAGAUAAAAUAUUUUCUUCUUAAAGACUCAAAUACUGUUAAUGUGCUUGCCAUGGAUAUUAAAGGUCUUGCCCUGUGAGGAGAAGGCAUCUGUCACUAAUUGGUUAAAUCACACUUAGAAAAUAAAUUGGGGAGUGUGCUUUCUGUGUUGGUGAGUAAUCAACUGCUUUCAGUCGAGACACUACCUCCUGUGGAUAGACUUAACUAAUAUGCACUUAGAAAAAGACUGAGCGAAGCAAAUCGGUGCUUUAUUAGCCUUAUAUUUUUAUUCCCAUCACUGAAUGAACUCAUAAAGCAUUUAGUACUACAAUUCAGGAAGUGUUUAUAACAAAUCAAAUGUUUUCAUAGUUGAAGUUUCAUGGAAUUAUCUUUUCAUCCUGAAUUGACUGUACCAGUCAUUGGAAAAUAAGGUGUAGCCAGUUGGAUUUGUGUAAUGCUUUUACAAUGUUUGAAGCAAGUAGACCUAUACCAAAAGUGUAUUUUCAGGUUCUUUAUGACAGGGUUGAGGGAAGGAGAAUAUGAUCCAUAUGUGAGACUUUCUGUGAUCUAUUGAAAGAACUGUUAACCACUUGCCAAUUAAAGUUGAAUAUUGAACAUUUUUCAAGAAAUGCACUUUAAUCUGAAAUAAAGGUAUAAAACAAUUCUGGUACUUUUGUUUGAU